AUGGAUCUAGGAGUAACCGCUGCCGACCGCCAGUUGUUAAGGAAGUGGGUGGACUCUCAAGAAGUAGCCAAAUACCUUGAUUUAGCAUAUAACGGAAACCAAGACGCAAGAAUAAAAUUGCAACGCUACUAUGAUAAGUUUGCUAAGCUUUUCUAUGCUCCAAAGGGUACGCCUGGUCCUCCUAGAGUAUCUGGAGCCUGGAACAGCUUCGUGCGUUCGUUUCUUGAGGUUUGGAAACGGGUCCUUUUCAUCUUCUUCCUUAUGGCAUUUAGCAUUUGCUCUUCCCUGCCGAGGAAGCCCGCUAUUGACCUGUAUGACAAGCAUAAUAGCUGGACGGCUUAUUUCCUUGUGAGUGAGGGUUUAGGAUGGUUGGGGUUAGUGUACCAGCUUACUAUGCUUUCCUUCCCCCGGUGCAGCUAUGACUGGAUCAAGGUUCCAAUGUAUCUGUUUGCAAUCAUCACCCUGGUUUCAGAGUGUGUUGCAUUUGGGUAUUUGGGAAGCGUUGAACCCAACAGAGGCUAUUACCAGGACUCGUUGGUGUCUAAAUGCAUCAGUGAAGGUGGCAUCCACAUUCACAAUCUGAGGCUACUUGUUCAGGGCAUGCUAAAGAUCCCUGAUAUUGCAGGUCCCUCUCCUUCCCGUUUACUUUCUCUCACUCAUCACAGUAUCACACUUCAAAAUAUACGAUACUAUUUUUCUAAACAAGGAACAGCCAUGAACCGAUUCAAAAAGAAGGCGGCGGCGGCGGCAGCUACAGUAGAAAAGGAGAAAGCCGCCAGUAAAUGGGCGGAGGCCGCCGCGGCAUGGGCGGUGACCCUGCGCGGCGAGCCGAGUGACCCCAGCGCCGCCCCCCAACACCACCAACGCUGCCGACGCCCGCGGCCACACCGAGAGGGCAAACUUAAGGCCAGGAGGGCAGAGAAACGUAGGAAGGCAAGGGAAAAGGAGAAGGAGGAGGGGAAGGAGAAGGGGAAGGAGAAGGAGAAGGAGAGGCCAGAGUAG